AUAAGUACUGUACAAUACCUAUUGUAAUUGUAUGUACUAAAUUUGAGUGCAUUUGUAUCUUUAUGGCGCUUACAGUUAAAUUAAGUACAGUAAAUGCGUGACUGCGCAUUUUGAAUUCUGAUGAAUCUUAUCGACAUUGCGGAAGAUUUUAUCACCACUAACGAUGAAAAUGGUUUGCAAUGUUUACUCUCGCAUUGGCCAGUUGACUGUUUACGUAUAUCUGUCUUCUUCAAAGUUUCGAUAUCUGUUCAAGGGGGCAGAUUUUGUUUACGCAAGAAGUCAAGAAUCAGUUUCUCCUUGAUAAUGUAGCCUUAUCGCAGCCUCUAUGAAUUUCAUGAUAAUCGUGAUUCGUGCGGACCAAAUGAGCGCAGUGGUGGAGAGUCAUUUGUAAUCAAAUGAUUCAUCGAUGUAGCGAUGGGAAGCUGCCUGGAGAUUGUCGAUUUUGUCGUGAACCACGCUGCGACAUCUGUAUGUGAAAUUGUGAAUACCUGAUGUUACCAAUGGCGCGUUAAAAGACUGCUGGAGUUGAUUUUGACGAUACCUGAAAAAUCAAAGCGGUGGUUAGCCGCCUGUAAUAACUUUUCGAGGAAAUUAAAGCGAAGGAAAAUACGGAAAUGGCUGUUGCGGGUCCGGAUAUAAAAGUUGUAUUGUUAGGCCGUCACAAUGCCGGUAAAACGUGUCUGGUGGAUCGUUUUGUAAACGAAAAGCACAGCGCUGCAGCAUAUCAGACGGCAAGAAUAAGAUUGACAACAAUUGGUGCUGCAUUCGCUGCCAAGCGGGUUGAUGUCGGUACGGAUUCAGUCAUAAUGGGCAUUUGGGACACCGCGGGAAGUGAGCGGUACGAAGCCUUGUCCAAGAUGUUUUAUCGUGGAGCCUGGGCAGCAAUAAUAUGCUUUGAUCUGACAGAUGAAGACAGUUUUGAACGCGUAAAAUUCUGGAUGGCAGAGCUGAAAACCAAUGAAGAAAACUGCAAGAUUUAUUUAUGUGGAACGAAGAAGGACAAAGUAGAAGUCGACAAAGCGAACCGGCAGGUGGACUUUCACACCGCCCGAGAAUUUGCGGAUGAAAACGGCGGAGAAUAUGUUGAAACAUCGAGCAUAACAGGGGAAAACGUCGGUGAACUGUUUUUGGAUAUUGCCAAAGCAUUCGUUAACUCCAGCUCCUAUCGGACACGCAAAAAUUCCUCACGAAUAAUACUUCGAAAAACGGGAAAUGUCAAAAAAAAGCGAUGGGGAUGUUGUUGACAGAAGGGAUUCUUAUUCUUUCCAAGCUUUGUAUCAACCAAGUCGCUUAUUGUUGAUUUUUUCAGUUUGAGCUUAAGUACUAAUGAAUGGAAGUACUAGAUACAGGCCUGCCGAUUUUUCUCACAAAGCUUUUUAAAUAACAGGAGUGUUCCAUUCAUUAAUUCCAUUCUAAAUCAUUGUCAUACUGUAUUACAGUACUGGCCCAAAAUACAGAUUUCUUUAGAAGACAGUUUAUUAAAAAACAUAAAAGUUCACCAUACGUUUACGUACUCGUAC